GUUGCGGUCCAAGAUUUCCUAAAGGAGCCGUGUUCACUCCACGUUCUGAAAACUAUGAGUCGUAUUUAAAGGCCUUGCUUGAGUAUCGUCUCUGGUCGGUAGUUCGGAUAGUUGGCAGUAGUGGAGAUGGACAGAUCUAUCCAGGUUUCGGGGGUUUCAUUUAGAUGACCGGUAACUGUCCUGAACGAAAAUCCACAAUCGACUACUUUACUCCGAUAGAUCAGCCUUUUACGGACUAUGCAACGGUUGCAGAACUUCUUGAACAGUCUGAACUGGCUACUCAGGAGGUUGGACAAAAGUACGUUCUGUCUACAUUCGAUCUGGGCGGAUGUAUGAAGGCGCUCCCAUUGAUUUGGAAGUUUCCUGAUAAAUACAAAUACCACGUUGUCACGCUGGGUGCAUUCCAUAUGGCUAUGAACUACAUUGGAAUGCUAACAAAAAACAAAUGUUCAGGGUCAGGAUAUGCAGAGAUCCUCAUAGAAGCCGGGUUGGUAACGACCGGAUGCCUGCAAAGUGUACUAAGCGGAUAGGCUUAUGCGAAGGCGUUGUUUUGCUUAAAGUCCGUUACAGAAGCAAUGAAGCGCUUGCUUUUUGAAAGCUUCAUGGAUAUGCAACAGAAUGCAAGCGAAUUUAAUUCGACGACGCUGAUGAAGCUGGUCUCAAUUGCUAGCCGCAAAAGAUUAGAAGAUGCAUUAAAUGACCAGUCUUUGAUGGAUUGUAUUGACCAAUACAUACGUUUUGAAGAGUCUGUACGAACCGGCGUAUUGGGGAAAACAGCAAAGUUUUGGUUGAGUGUUGUUGACCAUUCACGUUUGGUCAUGAUGUUGCUGUAUUCUGUAAAGACUAACAACCUGAUGUUAUUCCACGAAUGUUGUGGCCAGAUGGCAGAACUGUUCUUUGCAUUUGAUGGCCCUAAUUACUCUAGGUACCUGACAUGGUUGGAUGUAUUCUUUACCAACAUUGACCUUACACAUCCUGGAGCCAAAGAACUGUUACAAAAGGGUGGGAUUUCAGUAACACGGUCCCUUAUCCCAGGUGCUUGUAGCGCGGUAGACAAGACAAUGGAGGAAACUUUCAUGAGAUUUGCCAAAUCUGCUGGAGGGUUUACAGGUCUUUUCUCUAUGUUUGGGGCAUACCAGCGUUGGUGUAGAACUACAUCAACGCGAGUCCACUUCUAUGAAAAGAUGUUGGACAUGUGCGGAUUAAUAGAAGAUCCUGAUUCACCGAAGGCCGGGCGACAUCGUGAAUUGGAACGCGCCGAAAUCCGAAAGUCGGAAGAGGCAACAAGGAGCAUUUAA